UUAAGGAGAAGUCCUUAUACACCAUGACGGUCACAUGACUGGGGAAUCAGGCGAGCGAUUAUGUAACAACAUGUCCGCUGUCUGAACGAAAUCAUCGAACCACUCGCUACUCCAUGACGCCACUUCCCUGCUCGAGGAGGCGUUGUCCCACACUGAAGCGUCACUCUUCUGCAGAAACCGGCUAUCUGACGAAGGGACUUAGGUACAUUACGGCGAGCUUUAGGACAGUUAGUGGAGACAUAGUAGACCUUCUUUUGUUUUAGUGUAGUUUAAGUGUCGUGUUUCGUUCAGUUGUUUUAUAUAUUAGAUAGGUCUCGAUCUGAACCGUGUACAAUGAUAAAGAAUGGACACCAUCAGAACAUUCCUGGUAAGGACGCAGGAGCUAACCCGGCCGUCACAGCCUGCAGCCCAGAGAAGCGACGGCGUACUAUCCGAGUAUGGUGUGAUGGAUGUUAUGACAUGGUCCAUUAUGGCCACUCCAACCAGCUCAGGCAGGCCAAGGCCAUGGGGGACUACCUCAUAGUAGGAGUGCACACAGACGAUGAGAUUUCGAAGCACAAAGGUCCCCCAGUGUUCACGCAGGAGGAGCGCUACAAGAUGGUGCGCGCCAUCAAGUGGGUGGACGAGCUGGUGGAGGGAGCCCCAUACGUCACCACCCUGGAGACGCUCGACAAGUACAAAUGUGAUUUCUGCGUGCACGGAGAUGACAUCACACUCACAGUAGAUGGCAAGGACACAUAUGAAGAGGUGAAGAAGUCCGGAAGAUACAGAGAAUGUAAGCGGACACAGGGGGUCUCCACGACAGACUUGGUGGGUCGCAUGCUACUCAUGACCAAAGCCCAUCACAGCAACAUUGGCAGUUCAGACUACCAGCAGCAUACAGACAACUUUGGGAAGGGACCAAGGGGACACAGUCCCUGGACGGGGGUGUCCCAGUUCCUCCAGACCUCGCAGAAGAUCAUCCAGUUCGCCUCGGGGCAGGAGGCACAGCCUGGAGAUACCAUCAUCUACGUGGCUGGAGCUUUUGACCUCUUUCACAUCGGUCAUGUAGACUUCCUGGAGGCCGUGCACAAGCUGGCUGAGAAGCCAUACAUCAUCGUGGGGUUGCACUUUGAUCAGGAAGUGAAUCGGUACAAAGGGAAAAACUACCCUAUUAUGAAUGUCCAUGAGAGAACCCUGAGUGUUUUGGCCUGUCGAUACGUGUCAGAGGUUGUAAUCGGUGCACCCUAUACUGUCACUAAGGACUUACUGGAUCACUUUAAGGUUGACAUAGUGUGCCAUGGAAAAACAGAUGUACUUCCUGAUCGGGAUGGCUCUGACCCUUACACAGUUCCUAAGAGGAAAGGCAUCUUCAGAACAGUGGACAGUGGCAACAUACUCACUACAGAUGACAUAGUGCAGAGAAUAAUCAAGAACCGGUUGCUGUUUGAAGCCAGGAAUCAAAAGAAAGAGGCGAAGGAGAUGGCCAUGAUCCAGGCCAUGAAGAGACGAGAGGAGGAGAAAGCAAAAGAGAGAUUGCAGGCUGUGGUGUAGGACGUCUCUGCCCCACCCUGUCCAAACAGAAGAUCAGAGACUGACCACUCCCCAUACCAACUACACACUCUCUCACACACACACACACACACACACACACACACACACACACACGUUCAUUCCUAUUGCUCCUGAUAAGACCACACACACACACACACACACACACACACACACACACACACACACACACACCAAAGUCAACACAGAUACACCAGAUGCUGUCUUCCUGCCUUGGGUGUUAUGCUGUUAGUAACCUCACAAGUGUAUAGCCAGCUCUCACUAUACAAAAAAAAAAAAAGAAAGUGUAACACACACGUGCUCGUAGGCUGUCCUCCACUCGUCUUACCCACCGUCCCUCUCUCCCUCUCUCUUCUCCUCCUGAUGUACCUGUUCUCUCUUUCCUGGCAGAUGAGAUUGAGCCCACAACACAUCCCCCCUAAUUCAUACUCAGUUCCUAAGUGCCAGUAUGACCAAGUGGGCAUUAGACCAGAUGUGUCAGUGCUGAAGCGGGCAUUUGCUCUGCAAACGUGUGUGCAAGGGGGUACGGAGUACACUGGGUACAAUGAGAAGCACACCCUCCAAACAGGAGAUCUCUUUUUAGGCACAUUGCAGAUGUUCAUGUUCACCACAAUAUACUAGAGAGAAAGGAGU